UCCGGCUCUCCGGCAGCUCCCGGAGCUGGAGCUGGCUCCCCACCAGUUUCCUGUUGACGUCACCUGCUAUUUCUCCGCUGCAGUUUUUACAACUGUCGAGCUUUCCAGGGUAAUCGGAGCCCGGUCCGGCCAACCUCGGCAGCUGCCGAUGAGGGAACGCGGCUCUGCCUUCCCCGAUCCUCCCCGCUCGCCUUCGCUGCUGCUCCCAGCCUUGGGGACCCCUGGGGUUUGGGGACACCGGGCGAGGAGGGCUCUGUGAAGCCGGGCGGCUGCUCGGGGCCAUGCAUUCCCACUGAAAAGAAUCAUCGGCGCUUGCAAAGAAUUGCCGUGCGCUGGAUCCUGCGGGGGAAUUUUUUUUUUUUUUUUUUUUGCUUUUGCUCCCCCCCCCCUCCCUCCUCCAGUCCGCCCCCAUCCCUCUCUUCUGCCAGCCUUGCCGACGCUGCUCUUCAUUUCUGGGAAACCAUGGACAAGAAGCAAGAUUCCAAAGGAUCCUUGGAGCCACACAAACCAGUGAAAAGCAAGAAGAAACGGGAUCUGAGGAUAACAUGUGUCCCCAUCAAACCACCCGUUGCCAACACGACGCCCCCGAGGAACUUGGACUCCAGGGCGUUCAUUACCAUUGGAGAUAAAAACUUCGAGGUGGAAGCUGAUGACCUGGUGACCAUUUCGGAGCUGGGCCGUGGGGCCUACGGCGUGGUGGAGAAGGUCCGGCACGCGCAGAGCGGCACCAUCAUGGCCGUGAAGAGGAUUCGAGCCACUGUGAACACUCAGGAGCAGAAGAGGUUGUUGAUGGACCUGGACAUCUCCAUGAGGACAGUUGACUGCUUCUACACUGUCACCUUCUACGGAGCCCUCUUCCGUGAGGGUGACGUGUGGAUCUGCAUGGAACUCAUGGACACCUCCCUAGAUAAAUUCUACAAGAAAGUACUGGAGAAGAAGAAAACCAUCCCUGAAGACAUUUUGGGGAAAAUGGCUGUGUCUAUUGUACGAGCUCUGGAGCACCUGCACAGUAAACUGUCAGUAAUCCAUAGAGACGUGAAACCUUCCAACGUGCUGAUCAACAAGGAGGGGCACGUGAAGAUGUGCGACUUUGGGAUCAGUGGUUACUUGGUGGACUCCGUUGCCAAGACCAUGGAUGCUGGCUGCAAACCCUACAUGGCUCCAGAAAGAAUAAACCCUGAGCUGAACCAGAAGGGCUACAACGUGAAGUCGGAUGUCUGGAGCCUCGGGAUCACGAUGAUUGAGCUGGCCAUUCUCCGCUUCCCGUACGAGUCCUGGGGGACGCCCUUCCAGCAGCUCAAGCAGGUGGUGGAGGAGCCCUCGCCCCAGCUGCCCCCUGAACGCUUCUCCAAGGAGUUUGUGGACUUCACAGCACAGUGCUUAAGGAAGAACCCAGCUGAGCGAAUGAACUAUUUAGAACUUAUGGAGCACCCUUUCUUUACCUUGCACGACACCAAAGAGACUGACAUGGCCUCCUUCGUGACAGAGAUCCUCGGGGAGGACUCCUAACUCCCAGCUGCCAGCUUCCUGCAGCCCCUGCAUCCCGGCUUCCCCCAGGACAGCCAGCCAGGGCUCCACUUCAAGGUGGUUUGCACAAAUCACAAAAUCGAACCUGGGGACAUCUCUGGCCCCAUCCCGCCUCGAAAUCGCUUUUCUCCUUGCCCCGAGGAAAAAAAAAAUCCCCCCAGGAGGAGCCUUUUGAAGCCAACAGCUUCCCAGCUAAGCCAAGGACUCUGAAGGCUCGGGAGGUGCCGGAGAGGAGCAGUGCCUGAGCAGGCAGAGGCCACCUCCCCUCCCCAGCACAGGGGAGUGUGUGUGUUUGCUGCCAGGGGAAGACAGAGAAUCAGUGCUGCUGUGCUUCUCCCACUCCUCUCCUCCCUGCCCAAAGCCCUUUCCCGGGCUCUGGUGUCACUGACCUUCCCCCUGUGCCUGGCUCUCCGUCCCCAGGAGCCCACGCAGCUUUAGGGGCUCGUGGGGCUCCCUGGGCUGCUGCUCACACCAGAGGUUUUCAGUUUUACUGCCUGGCUCGACACCUCAAGGACCCUCUGAGGCAGCACCAGCUCGGGCAUCCCUCUCCCUCAGUCCCUGCUGCUCCCCUGAGGCCGAGGUGGAAAAGGCAUUUUUCCAGGAGCCCACGCCGUCCCCACGGGACUUCACCCAGCGUCCCUCCCUUCCCUGGUGGGCACAAGGUGAUGGAGACGCAGCAGGUGCCCCGUGCUGCCUCUCCUCCCUGGGCUGGGAGGGCACAUCCCUGCUCCAGGCAUCGCCAUCCUCAGCCCUGGCUGCCUCCACCUUCCCUGGCUCCCCGAGGAGCCGCUGCUCCCUCCGCUUCCCACCGCUGGAGCUGAUGUCAGACCUCUCACUGUGCCACCCGCUCCUUGCAGAGGCUCAGCUCGCACCCAGCGUCCCAAACUGUGCCCAGCCCCUGCGGGUGCCAGCGAGAGCCAAACCCCAGUGCCGGGCCCGGGGCUGCUCGCACUUGUACAGUUGAUGUCUGUGUAUAAUGGACUUUGUAACGCGUUGCCUAGGUUUGAUCUAACUCGCUAUAAAUGAGAGCCCUUCUGUGUGGGAGGAGGGAGGAGCAGUUCCUUCUCUGCUGACAAAUCCACUGUGAAAACCUGAUGUGUUUCCCCGUGCUCCCAAGCCCCAGGAGCCGGGGGAGCAAGGAGGGGUUUCUGGCUUCUACUGUACGUGAUCACGGAUAAACGCGCCGGCUGUGGAUUUUGGUUUUGUGGGUUUUUUUUGGUUUUUUUUAAAUAAUUGAGUUUUUCCGAAGGAUUUUUUUUUUUUUUUUUUCUUUUCUAAUAUAUAUUUGUGUGUGUGUAUGUGUGCUCUAUAUAUAUUAUAUAUUUUUAAAUCAAUGAUGAAUGUGUGGAUGUCUAUGUGGCCAGCAGAUCUGGCGUAAUAACAUUUUUCUGGCUAAAUUUGGGCACGUGGGGAAGGGGUCACUUAGAAAACACUCUGGCUUAAGAUUGCCUUUUUUUUUUUUCUUUCUUUUUUUAAAGAAAUGCUUCUAUUUUUUAACUGAAUCUUUUAAAAAUGUUAUUCCUGAAAUUCAUGCCCUGGAGGCCUGGAUUUCGGGGUGAAUUUCCAGUGUUCAGGGUCCCCCUCAAUGAAGAAUGACCUCCCCUUAAAUUCAUGAUCCCCCCGCUCCUGCACUCCAGGGUUUGAUGCAGUGCCUGGGAACUGGGGUGCUCCACACCAUCUAUCCCCACGAGCUGCUUCUGGGAAAGCUGCCUUGGGGAGUUUUCAGCCCUUGGUGCAUCACACAGCCACGCUUUCCCCUGUGCCAUCCCUCUGAUCCCCCUCCCCGAGUCAGCAAACCCUGAGGGAAGCAGCCCAGGUGGAGCUGCUGAACCCUGUUCAGCUUCUGUUCGACCCUGCCCCCCCCAGCCCACCUCUGGAUGGAAAAUAAGGAAGUGAUUGAUGUUCUCCACGUCUCCCUCCUCCUCAUCCUGCUCUGCAAACCACCCGACACUCACCUGUACCUGCUUGGUUUGACAGCUUUGCUGCCGAGAUGUACAAUUGUAUUUUUUUUUUUUUCAUAGUUGGUUACUUUGGGUUAUUUUUGUUUUGAGCUGAGCUUUUGGGUUUUCUCCCUUCUCUCUUUGUUUAAACCCUUUUCCCCCUUACUUUAUCUCACCCUUUUUUGGUGCUUUGAGGAAUGGUGUUAAUUUCUUUUUUUAAAAAAAAAUUUUUUGCAUGCUUUUUAUUUUUUUUCUGCGUUUCUCCUCCCGGAGAAAGUCCUGAUUUCUGUAUUUUGGGAUAAGGGAGCAUCUGCCCUUUCAAACACAAGGGAGGUGGCUCUGGGGUGGGCUUGGGGCCUCUGGGGAUGAGCUGAGGCUUUGCUGAGGAGGCAAACACACCCCACCUCCCUGUGCCACCUCCUCUGCUUCAUCCAGCACGGGUCUCAUCUGUCCAAAUCCCAUUGUCCCUUUUCCCCUCCCUGCUUCCCUGUCCCACCGUGUUCCCUCUGCAGUGGCAGUUCCCUGGGGAGAACCAGCUUGGCGUUAAGGUGGGCGAGGAUUUUGGCCCGCAUGGGAAGCCCCUCUCCCCCUGUAUUUUUGGGAAUGGUCUGUACCCUCCAACCCCCGUCCUUGAUUCCAAUAAAAUUCACCCUCAAACCUGC